AUGGAUUAUGUUCACAUUUCUGAUUCGGAUCUCAGGAUCUUGGACCUUUGGUCAUCUGGACAGUGGAACCUUGAGAAUAUCUAUUCUCCUCUGAAUCAGUCUCUGCAGAGCAACAUUAAUUCUUACAACCCAGAUGUUCAAGCUGGUUCAGAGGUCGGUUGGUGUUGGACUGGUGCGGUUUCAAAGGUUUAUAAUGCUCAUAGUGGUUAUUUGUGGCUCAGUAAGAAGAUGUUUAGUUGGGAGGAUAGGGGUAAUUGGCUUUGGCUUUGGCGUCAACAUGUUCUGGAAAAGCACAAAUUUUUGGCCUGGCUAUGUCUUCGGGAGGCUCUUCCUACUGCUGCAUUUCGUUUUAGGAGGGGCAUUUCGCACACGAAUAGCUGUCCACGAUGCUUCUCAGGUCAGGAAUCGGUAUUACAUUGUAUUCGGGAUUGUCCAAAAGCCCAACUUGUUUGGCAAGCUUUAGAGAUCUCUGAUCAACCAGUGGAUUUGAUGAGUUGGUUCUUACAUAAUAGCAAACAGCGCCCCUUUAGAUUCUUUUCUGGUCUCUGGUGGAUUUGGCGUUCGAGGAAUAACGAGAUCUUUCAUCCUCACGACCAUUGGACCACAGACAAGGUGAUUGGUAUGGCUUUGUCCUUGGAAAAGGAGCUCCGAAAUAUUUUUGAGUUGCAACGACUGUCUAUCCCCUCAACCAUUAGUGGCUCUUGGAUUCCCCCCUCAGUGGGUACCUUUAAGAUUAAUUGUGAUGCUAGCUAUCCUGGCAGUGGUGAUCGAGUUGAUUUUGCUUGUGUUAGCAGAGAUUGGAAAGGAAGGUAG